AUGGCGGCUUUGCCAACGACUUACAGUGGAAACGUACGCAUCGGCGUCAUUGGCGGCACUGGCCUAGCAGUACUUCCACACUUCACCCAAGUCGCAUCCAUACCUGUUACCACUCCAUGGGGAGUUCCCUCCUCGCCAAUCGUGAUUCUCGAACAUCCUUCCCCUACCACUGGCGAACCCAUACCCGUUGCUUUCCUGAGCCGUCAUGGUAUCCACCAUGAAAUUGCCCCACAUGAGGUCAACUCUCGGGCCAACAUUGCAGCUCUCAGAUCGGUAGGAGUUCGCAGUAUCGUUGCUUUCUCAGCCGUGGGAAGCCUACAGGAGGAGAUCAAGCCUCGUGAUUUUGUCGUCCCUGACCAGAUAAUCGACCGAACAAAAGGCAUCCGGCCAUUCACAUUUUUCGAAGGCGGCCUCGUCGGCCACGUCCCUUUUGGCGAUCCAUUCGAUGAAGCGGUAGCUCAGAUCGUUCGUAUUUGUGGUAAGAGCCUCGAAGGCGACGGCGUUGUCCUGCACGAGCGAGGCACUCUAGUGUGCAUGGAAGGUCCACAGUUCAGUACACGCGCGGAGUCGAAUCUCUACCGUAGCUGGGGUGGCAGUGUCAUCAACAUGUCAGCAUUGCCUGAAGCAAAGCUAGCUCGAGAAGCAGAAAUUGCCUAUCAGAUGAUCUGCAUGGCGACCGACUACGAUUGCUGGCACGCUACUAACGAGGCUGUUAACGUGGAGAUGGUUAUGGCACAUAUGAAAGCCAACUCCCUUAAUGCAAGACGCUUCGUGGGCGCCGUGCUUGACGAGCUUAUCGAAGUUGUGCAUAAGUACGGCACCUUCCGGCGUCCAACAGCAGGCAUUAGAGAGGAUGAAGUGGCUGUUUCCAGAAAGCUACACGACGGCAUAGGCAAGAAGGAAUUUGGCAGUAGACCAGAGAACGAUACGAGGUAG